AUGGCUUCUUCAAGUCAGAGCACACCGACCAAAGUCGGCAUUUUAUCACUGGGUGAUAUGGGCGCUGGCAUUGCCAGGCUCUUAAUUGCUCAUGGAUUUCCCGUAGCUACCAACGGCCAGAAUCGAAGCGAGGAUACACUUGAGAGAGCCCGCAACGCCAAGGUUGAGCUGCUCUCGUCAGAUUUAGAGCUCGUGCAGCAGUGCUCCGUCAUCUUCUCGGUGGUGCCGCCGCGAGAUGCUGAAGCCUCGGCCCAGCGAAUCGUUGAUGCGCUGUCAGGCGGUUCUCAAAAGGAAACGAUUUACUAUGUUGACCUAAACGCCGUGGCGCCCUCAACAUGUAAGAGCAUCGUGUCCUUGUUCGAAAAGGCGAGAGUGCCCGUCAAGUUCAUCGACGCUUGCAUCCUGGGUGGACCUCCCAGCCUUAAGAACCCCAGCGAAGAAGGCAAAGAGGCCGUGUGGGAUCAGCCCAGCAUUCCCAUCUCGGGGCCUCACUCGCUCGCAGCCUUGCCGGAUGGAGAAAGGCUCACGUCAGUCUUACAGCUGCGCUCGAUUUCGCCCGAGAUUGGCGCGGCCAGCGGUCUCAAGAUGUGCUUUGCGUCGCUAACAAAGGGCUUCACGGCGCUGGUUACGCAGUCCUUUACGACGGCGCAUCGCCUUGGGGUGACGGAUGAGCUGAAGCGGGAGCUGGGUAUCAUGGUGCCGGCCAUGUUGACGAGAGCAGAAAAGGGCGUUGUAGGGAUGCCGCCAAAGGCCUAUCGCUGGGUGAGAGAGAUGGAGGAGAUUUCCAAGACGUUCCAUGAGGAGGGCCAUUGGGAUAGAACGGUGUUUGAGGGCAUCGCUGGGAUUUAUAAAGCCGUCGCGGAAGAUGGGGUUCUUGGACAAGAGAAGAUUGGAAAGAGAAAGAGGGGGACCAGUAUAGAUGACGUUGCAGCUUUGAUGGCCGAGGGGCUAGAAAGGAAGAAGAAGAAGACUGAGUAG